AUGCCCAUCUCAACCAAGUCAUCUUUCUAUCUCCCGGCUGUUGAUAUCAGUCCGUAUCUGCAGGACCCAAACAGCGAUGCCGCGCGCAAAGUAAUCGACGAUGUGCGAGCUGCGUGCACCUCUACAGGGUUCUUCCAACUCCUCGGGCAUGGGAUUUCCCCAGCACUGCAGCAGUCCGUCUUCGCCGCAGCGGCCAAGUUCUUCGCGCUUCCCUCCGACGUCAAAUCACGCUGCAGGAACGUCGGCUUCCGAGGGUACGACCCCAUGGCCUCGCAGUCGUACGAACUGGGAGUCCUCCCAGACCUAAAAGAAGGCUUCAUUGCCGGGAAAGACAUUCCCCUCGACGAUCCACGAGUGGCGAGCCAGCGGUUCUUCAUGGGACAGAACGCAUGGCCGCCGAGCGAGCUGCUGCCGGAGGCAAACUUCCGCCGCCCCAUUGAAGAAUACUACCAGGCCAUGCUGAAGCUGUGCUGGGUAGUGUUGGACCUUGUCGCGGCCACAUUGCCGUACGGGCCCCAUGUCUUCGAUGAGUUCAAGGAAAACGAUCCUGCAUGCCCACUUCGACUGCUCCAUUAUCCGCCCGCUCCCGCACCGGAUGUGGCCAAGGGUCGCCAGCUGGGCAGUAGUGCGCAUACGGACUUUGGAGCCAUCACGCUUCUCUUGCAAGAUGAUCAUUCCGGGCUUGAGGUUCAGGACUGCGAAACGGGGGAGUGGAUUGGAGUUCCUCCGAACAAAGACGCUUACGUGGUCAACCUGGGAGAUAUGAUGAGCAGAAUCACCAGGGGUCAUUACAAGAGUAGCAUUCACCGCGUCAUCAACCAGAAUCUGACCGAUCGUUACAGUGUAGUGUUUUUCUUCGAUGGCAACCUGGACUACAGGCUAAGGCCGCUGGAUCGCGUUGGGCAGAAUUGGGACGAGGAAGAUACUCUCACUGUGGAGGAACAUAUGUUGGAGCGCACAACCACCACUUACAAUCUCAAAGUAAAGUAA